GCGAGGGCCGCUGUCGGUUCCCUCCGGAUUUUGUGCUAUGUCUUGCGUUUUCCGUUCAGGUAUUCAGUGACUGCGCCUUGUGCUGAUAGUGGAAUUUCUUUAAUCUCUACCUACCGGGAAUCGCAGAAGAGGACGCUGCGCCUACUUCAGGCGUCCACCCUGCAAGUUUUAAGAUGGACAGGACUUACACAAAGGAAGGAGUGGCAAGGACGACCUUCUCCACAAUAAACAUCUACAUAGGACUUCUUCUUGUGAUCAUUGUCCCACCUCGCUUGGUAAAUUCAGUGAACGACCCCGGAUCCACAACUGCCGCUGCCAACAAUAACGAUGGCCAUGUCUCUCAGGAAGUCGUGCCUGUGGCCAAUUACGGGGAUAAACUGGUCUAUAUAUCAAAUGACGAAGUUCAGUAUGUCGGGCCGCUAGAUUCGGCGCCAAGUUAUGACAGCAAUUCUUCGGUAUAUCAGGAAAGUCCAAAUCCGUGGAAGAUACUGACUUUGCUGAGCCUGGAAGGUGAGGUUGCAGACAGCCCUCAAAAUGCUGAUGGCAACGAGACCCUCUGGAAGAACACCGCGAAAGAGCUCCUCCAUCAAGGCCUCAUUGCUGAUGAAAUUUUACAGCAAAAGCUAAAGUCAUUGUUAAAUGAAACUGCUGCUGAGGGCUCGCAGUACUUCGUGGAUAAUGAAGCUCAAGUCGUUACGGCAGAAGAAGGAGGUUUGCCAGAAGGACUCGUUCAAAGCAUGGCACUGAUUGUUGUAGGGAGCCCUUGUCGGAGCGACUUUAAUCUGGGCUUUUUGCCUGCCCUUCUUUUUGUGGUACCAGAUGAGACUCCGGAUGCAGUUCUCCAAAUUAAGCAGAAGAUUGAAAACGACUGCAAAGAUCAUCCGCCAGGCUUUUCUCCAAAGGUCCGUAUUGAAAAAAAUAAUCCAUGGAGCAUAAAUGAUACCCUUCCAGCUGCUGGCUGGAGUAACAACACUUUCCUGAACAUGCUUGCUCAAACCCGCAUCGAAAGAGACAGAGUAAUCGUGCAAGCCGAUGUUGUGUUGGAUGUAGAGAAGGAGGCAGAAAAUUGUACAUUGGAACUGUGCACAACUACAACAGCAAGCCCAACAACUCUCACCAUAUCUUCAACCUAUGGUAAUACCUCUAAUGAAGACACCACAAUUACCACUGAAAAUACAACUCUCUCCAUAUCUUCAACCUUCAGUAGUGAAGAAAGCACUAUAACUACUGGAAACACAACAACAGGAAAUACAACUGAAGGGUCAACAACUCUCAACACAUCUUCAACUUUCAGUAGAAAUACAACUGAAGGGUCAACAACUCUCAACACAUCUUCAACUUUCAGUAGUGAAGAAAGCACUACAACUACUGGAAAUGUAACAACUGGAAAUACAACUGAAGGGCCAACAACUCUCACCACAUCUUCAACCUUCAGUAGUAACGAAAGCACUAUAACUACUGGAAACACAACAACAGGAAAUACACUGAAGGGCCAACAACUCUCACCACAUCUUCAACCUUCAGUAGUAACGAAAGCACUAUAA